UCCAUGUAUACUUCAAAAUAUGCUUCCCUUUCAAAAGAUGUUAUUACUUCAUCAGAUAUUGGUGUUCAACAGACAUCCUGUCUUCAACAGACGUUAUAUAACCCAUUCAAAAGGUCUCACUGUCCAGAAACUAUUUCCCCUUUACAAAUAAACGACAUCACUUCAAAAUCUUGCCUUUCAAACGAUGUCACCCCAAAAUACAGGAUAUAUACGUAUACCCAGAGAUGCAUUUCUCUUAACGUAUAUAUGCUGAGCUAAUUUAAUCCCUAUUUUAGGGAUUCAAAUAUCUAGUCUGGUGGUGAAAAAGUUACGUGCAACCUUAAUGACCUUAGUGUAGUAGAUAAGCUUUAAACCUAAUUAACCAGUCCUUCAAAACGUUAACUUUCAAACGACCAUCUCUUCAAAACGUCACCAUCAACAGGCCAAACGCUGUAACAAUUAGGAAAUAAAAAAAUUUCGCUGCUCUAAGUGAUUGUAGGUCACUCAGAGGAGAGCGGCAGUGUGUGGCCAACCAUCGCAGGGGGAGGACGUGUGUGUUGCCGCUCCGCUCAUGUCAACACGAGGCCAUUUUUCCGUGUGAUAAACAACACUUCCAGUGAUUUUAACUUUAUCCGCGCGCGGAUGAAUUUCCUGGCAAAUGGCGUGCUACAGAGAGUUUAAAUGGGAUUUGUCGCUCGCCACAUAGGAAGGAGGUCCAUGAUAUUAACCCUAGAAAAAAAAAAGUAUGCAAGGUGGAAAUUAACCUAGAAAGUGUGACAAGCGGUUAGCCCGCUAGUUUGAAAAAAGGUAUGCGAUAGUGUGAGCAUGAAUGGUAGUGGAGAGGCGGUGGUAUCGCGGAUGGUGUGCAUAUUCGCUCGAAUGGUGUAGGCCCACUGGAAAGUAGACGUACUUAAAGGAGGGACCACAUACUGGAAGGUUCCCAUACUAGACCUGAAGGAAGGGUUAUCUACUACACUCACUGGAAGAAUCGCCUACUAGGCCCAUUAGAACGACCAUCUACUAGACCCACUGGAAGGACCACUUUGACCAACCAGAUGGAGUGUCCUACUCCCCCUGGGAAAAUUACUCGUUUAGACUAACACACGGGUCUAGGGUCUCUCAGGGUUCGUUACACAGCGAGCCCUGAGUUCUUUCUACACUGAGUACACUGGGUUCACUGAACACGAUUUCAGUUAACAGCGAGUACAUUUCGUAUCUGGAUUCAUUGCCCAAAAAGUUCUCGCCAUACCCGGUUAACUACACAUCGGGUAAACCUAACGCAGGGCUCCACACCAAGUUCACUCCGUACUCGGGUUAACUCCACUAGGUUAACCUAACAAGAUUCGCUUCACACAGGGUUCACCUACCCUGAGUUUCGUUGCAAACCGUCUUAACACUGGGCCUCACUAAGCCCGGGCUCCACUAACUGCUUGACGAACGCUGGGUUGCUGCACACCAUAUUCGCUACACUGGAUUCACUCCACACCGGAUUCAUUGCACAACUGAUUCAUCCCAUACCAGAUUCACUUCACAACGGAUUCACAUCGCAAGACUGACUACACAUCAGAUUCGCUCACCACCAGAUUCACACCACAACGGAUUCACCCCAUAUCGGAUUCAUUUUUCAAAGGAUUCGCCCUACACUGGAUUAGCGUCACACCGGAUUUGCUCCAUACCGGAUUCACUUCACCCCAGGUUCACCUCACACCGGGUUUACCUCACACCUGGUGCUGGUGGACAUGUACCCAGACAUCUCGUGAUUUCUCUAAGCUGUGGAGAUGCUCUGGACAACGCACUCUGUGACAGCAUUGGCUCUGUUUACUUGCGCCUCCUGGGCAGACUGGGUGGGGCACCUGGGCAUCAAGCAGUCACUGCCGUCCAUUCGUGAGGGUAUCAGCAAGAAACAAGCGCUCACAUGGAGUUCAUCUUACAGUGACUCUCGGCACAAACCUGCAGGACUGCCUGAUACGCACAGCUUGUCACGGUCUGAAGGAAGUAAGCUUCGUGAAAGCCUUUCCCAGGACAGUACCCGGCUUAAUGAUAUCAAGAAAGACAGUGCCCGCGUUAAUGAUGUCACGGAAGACAGUACCCCGAUUAAUGAUGUCACGGAAGACAGUACCCCGAUUAAUGAUGUCACGGAAGUCAGUACCCAGGUUAAUGAUGACAGGGAAGUCAGUACCCAGGAAGAGGGAGUGGCAGAAGUCAGUACCCAGGAAGGGGGAGUGGCAGAAAUCAGUACCCAGGUAAAUGGCGCCACAGACGUAAGUACUCAGUUUAGUGGCAUCACCGAAGCCAGUAACUUGAUCAGUAGAGUCACAUCCGCAACUAACUUGAUUAAUGAUAUUGAUGAAAAUGUCUUGAUCAGUGAUAUCAAAAAUAAUAAUAGGUCUACACCAAUCGAGAGCAUCGGUAGGCCUCCUCAAGCUCAGAGUACCAGUUCAUUCAGCAACCGGUUCAUCCCCCUUACAGAUGUCAACAAACGGACUGAUGUCACCACCAGCAACCAAUUUAAUGUCAAUGUCAUCAACACCCAACUUACUGGCAUCACAAAAACUAGAUCUCAACUUAGCAUUACCAGAGACCAAACUAGUGACAUCACGAGAGCUAAUUCUACUCAACUUAAUUACGUCAGAGGCACAGAUGACCUACCAUAUGAUGUCAUGGGAUCUACAGUACACUCUAAUGACGUCAGGGAAGAAGGAAAGCAAUCAGAUGACAUCAGAAACUCCAUCAUUACUCAUUUUAAUGAUUUCAGAUUAUUAGGUAAAGUAACGGAGAAGAGUGGGGCCUCUGUUGGAUCGGGAGGCGGUGAGCGUGCUGUUGAUCAAGAUGAGGUGGUUGCUACAACGGUGGUAACAGGUGCCGAAGGGGCGACAGAAAUUAUAACGGAAGUUUCCACGACAGUGAAGGUGAUAGCAGGGGUUGACGAAAUAACAGAGGCAGUAACAGGAAUCGACGCAACAACAGAUGGUGUAACAGAGGUCGAGACAACGAUGGAAGUGGUAACAGGAAUCGACGCAACAACAGAGGCGGUAACAGGAAUUAACGAAACGACUGAAGUAGCAAAAGGGGUCGACGAAACCCUGGAGGCAGUAACGGGAAUGGAUGAAAUAACAAAGUCGGCAACAGAAGCCAAUGAAACUGUGCAGCAGAUCAAGAUGACAAUGAGGAAGGAAACAGGAAUGGCCACGGUAGCCAACGGAAGAAAAACAAACACAACGGAAGCAGCAACGGAAGAUGACACCGUAUGGGCAGACAGAGCCUAUGACACAAUGUGGUCAGAAAGAGAGAACGACACAAUGGAAUCAGUAGCAGACAUUAUAGCCUGGGCAGAGAGAGACAAUGAUACGAUGUGGGCAGAGAGAGAUGAUGAGACAGUGUGGGCAGAGAGAGAUGAUGAGACAGUGUGGGCAGAGAGUGACAACAUCACAAUAGGGCCAGAGAGCAUCCUGGAUGAGCAUGGGUUUGUUGUAUCUCACUCUGAGGAAGAGCAGCUGGACCAAGAGGAUGACCUGAAGAUAUAUGAAGCGGUCGUCACCAGUAUGGCACAGUGGGAACUACAUAAGCUCAACAAAAUGAACAAGAAGCGAGUGAGGCGGGACGAGGAGGUAGUGUGCUACAUGGACCUUGGUUGCUUCAGGGACGAGGGACCCUUCGAUUACCUGGACAUGCUCCCCUCACCCCCUGAGGAGAUCAACACGAGGUUCUUGCUAUACACAAGGGAGAGAGGAGAGAGGGAGAAGGUGAUCAAGCCUCACAAUAUCUCUACUAUAUUUACUUCUCACUUUAACACCUCCCGCCCCACCAAGCUUCUCAUCCAUGGCUUCGGCUCCUCCUGUCACAGUGUGUGGAUACGAGAGAUGCGGGUAGCUCUCCUCGCAAUGAUGGAUGUCAACAUUAUCUGUGUGAACUGGCAUAAGGGAGCUGAGGUGCCUAACUAUGUAAGAGCUGCUAGUAACACCCGCCUUGUUGGUCGACAGGUGGCUCUGCUGAUUGAGACACUCAACGCUCGUCUCAACACGACACUUGAUGACUUCCACCUCAUUGGCUUCUCGCUGGGUGCCCACGUAUCAGGUCAUGCAGGUGCCAGGCUUAAGAACCUCUCCAGGAUAUCUGGGCUAGACCCAGCAGGGCCACUCUUCGAAUCAUACUCCCCAUCAGUUCGUCUAGAUCACACAGAUGCGCGCUUUGUUGAUGUAAUACAUACCAAUGCAGAUUCCCUCCUGAUGGGAGGACUUGGAGCCUUUGAGCCCAUGGGACAUGUUGACUUCUAUCCUAAUGGUGGGAGGAUGCAGAAGGGCUGUGCUAACCUCUUUGUUGGAGGAGUCUCAGACAUCUUGUGGCCUACUGAGGGUGAUGGGCGGUAUUUGUGUAACCACAGGAGAGGUUACAAAUAUUACCUCAAUUCAGUAGCUCCCAUCUGCACUUUCCCGGCCUUUGUGUGUCGUGACUAUGAGACCUUCCUCAAGGGUGACUGCUUUCCCUGUGAAUCCUGUGGCAACAUGGGCUAUUUUUCUGACAAGGCUGAGGGACGUGGUCAACUCUACUUAGUCACCAGGGACACCGAGCCUUUCUGUGCUAACCAGUAUAAGGUGACAGUUCACCACUCGGGUGGACCACCUGCUGAACCCGUCACUACCUAUGGUCGCCUCGACAUUACCUUCAUUGCUGCCGAUGGUAUCAAUGAGACACUGCAGAUCAGUCAAAGUGAAGACACAGUGUUGGAGGCUGGACAGGCAACAGUAAGAAUACUAGUGCCUCAUCCGGCAAUCACGGACAUCCAGGCAGUUCAGCUCCGCUACACUGCUUAUCAUGGCUGGAUCUAUUCUGGCUUCUCCCGCUGGGCUAUUGAUAAGAUUUCUUUAAUGGACAGCUUUGGCAAAAUGUUGUCAUUCUGCCACCGUGGGACAACACUAAUAUCAGGAAAGGCGAUGCACUUAACACUGCUCCCUGGUGACUGUGUGUUGCGAGAUGAACCCACAAACGUGCCUGCAAAGCCUCAUCCUUUCUCUGACUCCCUGCCAGAGGAAACUGAGAAUGAAGUGCAUCAGAUGCCAUCCCUCCAACUGGCAGUGGCCCCUCAUGAGGUUCCUCAUAACCUCACAGUUCCUCACAGAGUCUUCAACCUUACCCACCCCAUUCCAACCCCCAUACUCACACCCAUUGAUGCUCAUGCCACUGUACUGACACAUCAAGGACAAGCACCACCACUUUCUGUCAGCUUGGAAGUUGCUCCAAACUACCAAAACAUUCCUAAUGGGUUCUAUAAUGUGUCAAUGCUGAGGCCACCUCAUUUGCCCCACAUCUUCCCUGCCAAACUUCCAAGCAAGACACCACAUCCCUCAAGGUAUGGUAUGGAUGGGAGUGUAGUAACUUCUCCAGUACCAGGAAUGAGGUACAGUGUUGGUGGGACUGUGGUAAUGCCUACAACACCAGUAACAGACACAAGGCAUGGAGAUGUGGCCAUGAGCAGCGAGGAACCUGUGAAUGUCAUUCCUGCACCAGAUCUUGCACACUUUCCUUUAUCCAGCAACUUUUCACAGGCACCCACCCUUUAUAAACAUGAAAGUGGACACACUAGCAGCACCAUCAAGUCUCCAGAUAACACUCUUAAGCCUGGCAGUGUACAAGAAUCAAGUAGUGUACAGGCACUUGUUCAGUUGCAUAGCAUCCCAGCUGUCACAUCCUCUAGUAGUCAGAACCACACACAAAAUCACUCUGUAGCUGUAAGUGGUGCUCAGUUGACCACUGAUAAUCCUACCUCAACCCUGAGAGUUCCUACAACACCUUCUAUUUCUCUCUUGCCUCCAACCACAUCUAAAGCAAGCAGUGCUGUGCCCAGCACGAACCUAGACAUAGAUAUGAACAGCUUGGCCAGUAAUAUUAAGACACCAGAUGUCAGCAGCAAUAACACAGACUUUAUGCUGAAUAGCACUACCAACCCGAUCACCCCUAAGAACUCAUUUCAAUCCCCACUUUCUACACUUGUUAUGCCAAACUCUCAAGAUCUUCGAUCUGAGACAAUUAGUCCAACUCUGUUACCAUCAGCUGCAGAACCCACCCCAUCCGUUAUGCUUUCUGACAAACCACAUUGGUUGAGCAUUUCUCAUUUUUCUGGUGAAAAUACUGAUCGUGUGGAUAUUGUUCCCCCUGCACUAUUAGUGCACCCAUCCAACUUCCACAGUCAUUCCCCAUUACCAGCCACAACCAAGACACCCAGUGUUCAAGCAGAAUUCAGUGACAGAGUUCCUACUGCCUUAAAUACCAACAGUCUGAUAGAUGAAGAAGUCCCUGAGAGGGAACGUGCUCGUGCCCUUGAACUUGGUCCUGAGCCCAUCAGUGAUCUUUCAUCUGAUAACAGUAGAGUCAAGUGUUCCAGCUCUUCUUGCUCCAUUCAGAGUUACAAGCAACGAGCUCCUUCACUGUCUUCCACAUCGUACUCCAGUGUUCGUACUCAGACGACAAAUUCUCAUGCAAGUAACCUAACUCCUCCACAACCAUCCUUCCACCAGCUACCUCCCCAGAAAAUAUCAUUUCAAGCUGAUCCUUCUCAAGAGCCUCACUUUAAGUAUCCAAUUACUAAUGUUGAGAAUUCCCAGGCCACUGGAAUAGACACUUCUUCAAGACUUCAUCAAACUCGUAUAUUUUCAUCUGCUAGUAACUUGCACCUGAGGUUCCCAUCCUCUGGUGAGGAUCAGAUCAGACCCCUCACACACCAUGAUGUGGAAGGCAGACCAAGACUAAACCGUGGUCAUUUACCUGGGACUUAUCUAGACAACCCAUUACGUCCACCUCCGAUACACAAUCUUCCACCAGAGACAAUCAUAGGCCAUGGAGCACCCCAGCCUACCCUUGAGCAACAAACUGGGGAUCAAUGGAUGUUGCGACAAUCAUAUCAGCAGGAAUCUCAGAUGGAUCAUGAUAUGCACAAUGUGCAAGAGUAUGAACAAAAGUCAUACCCAGAGGAAUAUGAGGAAACUUCUCCCUCUCAGUACCAGCAUCACCAUCAUAUCACACAGCACCAACAACAGCAACAAUACUCACACCACAAUCAUCCUCAACAGCAUCAUCGCUCAUAUCAGUAUAAUGCUGAGCAGCAGCAAUAUCACACAAGAUCACAGCAUAUUCAGAAACCCUCAGAGCAACAUUCACUGACUGGGUCUAUAGGUAAUUUGACACAUGUAAAUGUUGAACUGGCUCCGGAGAGGUCCCCUCGACCCAUCCCAGCUCCUGCUCCUUUCUAUGUCCAGUUACUUCCUCCAACUUUCAGUCACCUGGCCCACCUAGAGACUUUUUCAUUGCCUCGCGAGACCAGGAAACCUCAGGAUUCCCAUAACAGAAAGCGAGGUAACAGCGCAAGUGGACGAGCGAAUAGAGGGCGGAGCUUGUCAAUACCUGCACCAGGGGGCCGAGCAGCAGUGUUUACCCCGCUAGUGCUACAAGUGCAGGAGAACCAUCAGGGAAGGUACAUCCCACUCAGACACAUUCCAGGCACUUCUCAUGCUAUUUAGACAAGAUUAUUUAUUCAACAUAAAAAAUUCUCUCCCUAUUUUGAAUGUACCUUUUAGACACGUGAAGUCAGGAUUCUUCACAACACAACACUCUCAAAGCUUGAAUUCUGACAUCUAGCCACUGACCUAUAAGCUGAAGUAUGAGUAAUAUUUAUGUAUGUAUGUGAAAUUAAUUUGUUCCUCAGAUAUCACACAAUAUUCUAUAGUGAGUGAAACACAACUGACAAGUUUUUGUAAGCUGUUCCUCUCAAGGAAAAUGCUUAGAUGCUAAGAAGGAGCUUUUCCUUCUUUGAACACCUUCUUUGAACACAGGUUGCCUGCCAUUCCCCAGGCACUGUAUGGCCCUUAUGGGGUUUACCACUUUCCUGUGAAUAUACUCCAACAGAUAAUAAUAAAAAAAGAAAUAAUUUGUAAGCAGUCUGAGAGCUUCAAACUUGUUCAUAAGAUUAGAAUCUUUUGAGCUCAGUGGUAGAGCAGUCUGCUCACAAUUGAAUGGACCCAGGUUCAUUUCCAGGGUGGGGAGAGACAUGGGAAAGUCUCUUGAUGCUUACUUUCCCUGCUGCAGUAUGACCCUUAUUGGGUUUAGCACCUAAAUUAAUUAUAUUAUUACUGCCUCUGUUCAUUUAGCAGUAAAUAAGUUAAUUGUUGUGGGUCACAUUGGGAGGGGAUGUCAAAAAACCCCGAUGGAAAUAAGUCAUUCCUCGUCUUUCUUGGGUUAACCGAUUACUUAACAUUCUAAGGUUAAUCAUCAAAUGUCUAAUUCAUUUCAUAUUUAAUUAAUAGUCUGCAGAUGGUUUCCUCCUCAGCUGAAGGAUAUGAGGAUAAGGGUGCUUAUAUUUACACAUGAGUAUGAUGCAGUGUAACUCUCUGAGCAGAAAAUUUAACUAUUUGUAUAUCAUACCAACCCUAUUCAUGUUCUGAUUGACUGUUAGGAAACUAAGUGCCUCUUGUUUCAUUAAUGAUGAGAUAUAUUAUGUUGCAUAGCACAGUACUACACAUCUUAUCAUCCAUGAAAUGAGAUCAUUUAGCUUCGAUCAGUAGAGUACUGUUAUCUAAAAUUAUCAUCAUUUCUGGUUGUUAGUGAUCUUUUGUUUACUUUAAACAUUCUUUUAUGUAUAGACUAAAAAAAACUAGAGAUCAUGAAGAAUGUCGUAUUAGAAAAAAGCUGUAAAUAGAAAACACUCAUAAUGGAAAGCAACUGGGCUUGAUCGAAGGAAGUGGAGGGUAACUCCCAAACUGCCUGGAUAAACCAUCUUUUAUAGUAUUUAGUAAACCCUCUUUAGCUCUGUCAAUGGCCUUCCGGUAGUCUAAAACUACGAAGUCCAUCCGCACAUUUAGCUUAAUCCAAGUCCUCCUAUCAUAUAAUUUUUAGAAUGGAAAGAGGGUAUCUCUCUCUGUGCUUUGGUUCCCUGUAAAGUCUAUUCAUUCCUGGUGGUUGAAUACUCAUUUUAUUAUUGAAUCCAGGAUAAGUACUAAACCCUUAGGAGGUCAUAGUGCAUGGGGAAUAGGAGGCAAUCAGAUUCAGUCCAAGAAAGGGGAGGAUAGAUCCACUUCUUGGUUCAAGAAACCCACCCUAGCAUCAAAGCACCUUCCCUGAGGAGAUUCAUUGUCUUAGUAAUACAUUAUUAUUAUUAUAAUCAAAAAGAAGCAAUAAGGCUCUUAGUAAUACUUUACCACUUCACAGGGUAUGCAGGUCAGGAUUACUGGCCUGUAGUUUAGUACUUGGUCUUUUUUUUUUUUUUUUAGUACAGCCUCUCCUCACUUAACAAUGGAGUUCUGUUCCUAAGACCACAUCGGUAAAUGAAUUCAUCGCUAAGCAAAGAGCAUACUAUAAUGGUGGUGGG